GCAGAUUCCACGUAGUAGUGAGGAAGCGGUGACGAGAGGCGGUUCAUGCACACGCAUCCGUCAUACAGACACUAUGAACACGGACGCAGCGGCGAGCUGCGUGUAGAUCUUUAUCUCCAAGGAUACUCGAAAAAUAGUAAGGGUCGGGAACAAUGUCAUUAGUAAGAAAAUUAGCUGGCGCCAUACGUUCUCGUGUAUCCACAAGAAGCCCGCUGGGGGAGUUCAUAUGUUUCUGCGCGUCUUCCUCUUCAUCGUCGAAGUGGCAAUGUGUAGGACCCGUCGAAGGGCAGCGCGUUGGAGGCUCUCUGUAGAUUUACAGUCGUUGUGAGUAGAUAUAGCUAUACGUACUGUGGACGUAGCAGAGUGAGAAAACGGUGCGAGACACAGAGCCAGACAGUGGCAUAGACACGCUUCGUAGAGCACCGGAGCUGGGGUCUUUUAUGUUUACCCCCGAGCUGUUUUUCCUCUCUGUUCUCUCUAUGUUCUGUCUGUCUUUCGUUUAACGCCGAAAUACCAAGUGACCGGCGCUAAGCACGUUAUACAAGCAUGCAGGUGAAAAAGCAGAGAUGUUCGGAUGGGCGCACCGAAGACGGCCAGCGGGAUGACAACCAGAAAAAGUCUUCAUGCUUCUCAAAUAUUAAGAUAUUCUUAGUAUCGGAAUGUGCCCUGAUGUUGGCUCAGGGGACUGUUGGAGCCUACCUGGUGAGCGUCCUGACCACGCUGGAGCGGCGCUUCAACCUGCAGAGCGCGGACGUGGGCGUGAUCGCCAGCAGCUUCGAGAUCGGGAACCUGGCCCUCAUCCUGUUCGUCAGCUACUUCGGGGCCAAGGCCCACCGGCCGCGCCUGAUUGGCUGCGGCGGCAUCGUCAUGGCGCUGGGCGCGCUGCUCUCCGCCCUGCCGGAGUUCCUGGCCCACCAGUACGAGUUCGAGGCCGGGGAGACGUGGCGGGCAGAGGAGGGGCGCGACGUGUGCUCCAACAGCUCCCGGACUGACGGGCGGGACCCGGGCUUCCUGUGCGGGAACCGGGCCAACACCAACAUGAUGUACCUGCUGCUGAUCGGGGCCCAGGUGCUGCUGGGGAUCGGGGCCACGCCCGUCCAGCCCCUGGGGGUGUCCUACAUCGACGAUCAUGUGCGGAGGAAAGACUCUUCUCUUUACAUAGGUAUCCUGUUCUCCACCCUGGUGUUUGGUCCUGCCUGUGGCUUCAUCCUGGGCUCUCUCUGCACUAAAAUCUAUGUGGAUGCAGCCUUCAUCGACACCAGUAAGCUGGACCUGACCCCGGACGACCCGCGCUGGAUCGGCGCCUGGUGGGGGGGCUUCCUCCUGUGUGGGGCCCUGCUCUUCUUCUCCGCCCUCUUCAUGUUCGGCUUCCCGCAGUCCCUGUCCAACCUGGACGAGGAGGACGCCGGGCCCGAGAGCGAGCAGGCCAUGCUGCCCCCCGACCCCCUGGACCAGGACUACGAGGGCGCCAAGCCCAGCAACGGGGUCCUGCCCCACCUCGAGCCCGAAAACGGCCUGUCCUGCUGCCAGCAGCUUCGAGUGAUCCCCAAAGUGACCAAACACCUUCUCUCAAACCCGGUGUUCACCUGUAUAACCCUGGCGGCCUGUAUGGAGAUCGCUGUGGUUGCCGGCUUUGCUGCGUUCCUGGGGAAGUACUUGGAGCAGCAGUUCAACCUCACCACCUCCUCAGCCAAUCAGCUACUGGGCAUGACGGCCAUCCCGUGCGCAUGUCUGGGGAUAUUCCUGGGGGGCCUGCUGGUGAAGAAGCUCAACCUUUCGGCCCUGGGGGCCGUGCGCAUGGCCAUGCUGGUCAACCUGGUUUCCACAGCCUGCUACGUCUCCUUCCUGUUUCUGGGCUGUGACACGGGGCCUGUUGCCGGGGUGACCGUCGCCUACAACAACGAGACCCUGAGGGUGGGGCAGAAGCCGGUGGCCGCCUGCAUGAGCCACUGUAACUGCCUCACCGCUUCUGUCAGUCCCGUUUGUGGCUCGGAUGGAGUCACCUACCUGUCUGCCUGCUUCGCCGGCUGCACUCGAGCGAAUCUGACGGGGUGCGCCUGCAUCCCCGGGGACGGGGAGGCCAAGGCUAUCCCGGGGAAGUGCCCGAGCCCGGGCUGCCAGAAGGCCUUCCUCAUCUUCCUCUGCGUCAUCUGCGCCUGCAGCAUGAUCGGAGCCAUGGCCCAGACGCCGUCCGUCAUCAUCCUCAUCAGGACCGUGACUCCGGAGCUGAAGUCCUACGCGCUCGGAGUUCUGUUCCUGCUGCUGCGACUUCUCGGUUUCAUCCCCCCUCCCUUGAUCUUUGGUGCGGGGAUCGACUCAACCUGCCUGUUCUGGAGCACGGUGUGCGGGGACAGGGGGGCCUGCAUGCUCUACGACAACGUGGCCUACCGCCACCUGUACGUCAGCAUCGCCAUCGUCCUGAAGGCCGUGGCCUUCCUGCUGUACGCCACCACCUGGCAGUGCCUGCGCAAGAACUACAAGAAGUACAUCAAGAACCACGAGGGAUACCUGACCCCCACCGAACUCUUCGCCUCCAACCUCACGCUGGACAACGUGGGCAAGGAGCUCGGCCAGAACCCGGCUAACAGGACAAAAUUUAUAUACAGCCUGGAGGAUCACGAGUGGUGCGAGAACAUGGAGUCUGUUUUAUAGUGGAAACACUGACGGGACUACCUGCUGUAUGCACACACGCGCGCACAUACCCACACGCAUACACGCGCACACACACACACGCGUACGCACGUGCGCACACACGCACGCACACGCAGACACACACACACACGCACGCACACGCACAC